UCCGCCAUCACACCACUCAUACCACUCAUGUCCUUCCAGACCACGCCCGCAAACUCGUCUCGCGUCACCAAGCCCGCCCAUCGCAGAAACACUCCGCUGCGACGCAGCACCUCGUCGCCUUUUGCUGCUAACCCCCGCACCAAGCCGGGCGCGAACGCCACCCGCACCAAGCCGACCGCCGCCGCAAACGACAGUCUCUACAAUGAACCGUUAGACGACACCGGGGUCGUGGCAACUCUGGCCACGGAUCUCGAGCUGCGCGACGUCCCGCUGUUCAUGCGCAACAUCCAGAGUAGGAUGUUCAGCGCGGUGCCGGAGCGCGCGUCUGGCAUGAACGGUCAGCGCACGGCCGAGGUGCUGAACUUUCGGAUCAGCUUGCCACCAGUCGUGUCUAUCGCACACGUCCACGCGCUCAGCAAGUCGCCGACCGUGACGGAGAGAGAGAUUGCUGAGCUGGUGAGGAAAGGGAUACUCCGCAAGGUGGUCGUCCCUGGAUACGGCGUGGGUAGCGCAGCGGUCGGGGAAGGGCUGGUGCUGGUGUCAGAGUGGGAGCGUAUGGUAAAGGCUCAUGCAGGUCUCGAUGAGGAUGUAAAGAAGAAGUACAUUUCCCUAUUGCACGCUCAACCCACUACCCCGACCGUUUCCGCCGCACAACUCACCAAGGAAGAGCUGGCGGCCCUCUGUUCCGCAGGUUUCUUGACCGGCAUCUCCCUGUUAACAGGAAACGCGGAAAUCUUCUCCCGCCCAGGUGCGGCUUCUCUAGGCUCAAUGUCCUCUGUAGCGGCUGUCGGAUCAAGAAGUGUAUCCGGCUCGCUUGACGCAGUGGGUGGCGCAGACGCCUUUACAACCAGCGGUGCCAGUGGCGGAGGGCAACUCUACAACGCAUCGCAAAAGCGGCCCUCUGGAGGCAUGUACAGCUUCGCCCUGCCCAACAUGGGGCCCUACCUGGGACUGCUGACCAGCGCGCGGACCCAUCUGCUGAGCCUGCUCAGCAAGACGUCGAGGUUCCGCGAAGCGCCCAUGGCCCUGCUCAAGGAGCGGUGGGACGGCGGGAUCGCGGGCACCGACUCGGGCACCCAGGCGCGCCGGGCGCGUGGAGACUUUGUGGGCGUGCUACCCGGCCGCACCAAGAAGUGGAAGACGUUCCACGGCGUGAGCUUCGAAUGGGUGCUGGAGGAAUGCGUGGGGAGCGGGCUGGUCGAGCUGUUUCAGACGCGGAGUGUGGGCGUGGGCGUCAGGGCGACGUGAGAGCUGAAACAGGGAUUUUAAUAUUCACCUUCGGGUUCUGCGACCAGGUGGUUAUUGAAGGUUGAGGUUGUUGGGGCGCGAGGGUAUCAAAGACCACGGGCUGGCACGUCCCGAAACGGGAGCAAGAGGUGCAAGCGGUGACAAGCUCUGGUAGCCAAAGUUAAACGGCUAUUGAUCGACGGGUAUAGGUACUUGUAUGGUGGGAAAUAACAAGGAUGUGAGCAUCGUACCGCCGAGAGCGGUAGAGCCGCAGUUUAAGGUGCACGAAAGGCCCCUGCCCUC